AUGACAUUUGGGACCGUUACAAAUCAAGAUCUGCCUGUGAUCAAGUGUGUUUUAAUCAAUCAUAAGAACAAUGAUUCAUCAGUGGGGAAAUCAUCAUCAUAUCCCAUGAUGUCAGAAUCCCCAGAAGACCUUGGGUGUGCUUUGCGAUCCAGGAGCGCAGGGACCGUGUACGAAGCUGCCACGGUGGAAGUGGAUGUGCUCGCAUCCAUCACGUUGCAGGUGCUGGUCAGCACCCCAGGGAACAUCUCUUGUCUCUGGGUGUUUAAGCACAACUCCCUGAAUUGCCAGCCACACUUUGACUUACAAAACAGGGGAGUUGUUUCCAUGGUCAUUUUGAAAAUGACAGAAACCCAAGCUGGAGAAUACCUACUUUUCAUUCGGAGUGAAGCUACCAAUUACACAAUAUUGUUUACAGUGAGUAUAAGAACCCCGCACCCGCUCUGUGGAACAGUGAGUGUGCGCCCCAGCUGUAAAGAAGAGAGUCCAGCUGUUGUUAAAAAGAAGGAGAAGGUACUUCGUGAAUUAUUUGGAACCGAUAUAAGGUGCUGCGCAAGAAAUGAGCUGGGCAGCGCGUGCACCCAGCUGUUCACAAUAGAUUUAAAUCAAACUCCUCAGACCACUCUGCCACAACUGUUUCUUAAAGUGGGCGAACCCUUGUGGAUAAGGUGUAAAGCUGUCCACGUGAACCAUGGAUUCGGGCUCACCUGGGAAUUGGAAAACAAAGCCCUCAAGGAGGGCAGCUACUUUGAGAUGAGUGCCUAUUCGGCAAACAGAACUAUGAUACGGAUUCUGUUCGCUUUUGUAUCGUCCGUGGGAAGAAACGACACUGGAUACUACACUUGUUCCUCUUCAAAGCAUCCCAGCCGGUCAGCGUUGGUUACCAUCCUAGAAAAGGGUUUUAUAAAUGCUACCAAUUCAAGUGAAGAUUAUGAAAUUGACCAAUACGAAGAGUUCUGUUUUUCUGUCAGGUUUAAAGCGUACCCCCAGAUCAGGUGCACGUGGACCUUCUCUCAGAGAUCGUUUCCUUGUGAACAGAGUGGUCUUGAGGAUGGAUACAGCAUAUCUAAGUUUUGCAACCAUAAGCAUCAGCCAGGAGAAUAUAUAUUCCAUGCAGAAAAUGAUGAUGCUGAAUUCACCAAAAUGUUCACGCUGAAUAUAAGAAGGAAACCUCAAGUGCUAGCAGAAGCAUCGGCAAGUCAGGCGUCUUGUUCCUCGGAUGGAUACCCGUUGCCAUCUUGGACCUGGAAGAAGUGUUCAGACCAGUCUCUCAACUGCACAGAAGAAAUCACAGAAGGCGUCUGGAGUAGAAAGGCUAACAGAAAGGUGUUCGGACAGUGGGUGUCGAGCAGCACUUUAAACAUGAGCGAGGCCGUGAGAGGGUUCCUAGUCAAGUGCUGUGCAUACAAUUCCGUUGGCACCUCUUGUGAAACCAUCCUGUUAAACUCUCCAGGUCCCUUCCCUUUCAUCCAAGACAGCAUCUCAUUCUAUGCAACAAUUGGGCUUUGUCUUCUCUUCAUUGUCAUUUUAACCGUGCUAAUUUGUCACAAGUACAAAAAGCAAUUCAGGUAUGAAAGCCAGCUGCAGAUGGUACACGUGACGGGCUCACUGGAUAAUGAGUACUUCUACGUUGAUUUCAGAGAAUAUGAAUAUGAUCUCAAGUGGGAAUUUCCAAGAGAAAAUUUAGAGUUCGGGAAGGUGCUGGGAUCGGGUGCUUUUGGAAAAGUGAUGAAUGCAACAGCUUAUGGAAUUAGUAAAACAGGAGUCUCAAUCCAGGUUGCAGUCAAAAUGCUGAAAGAAAAAGCAGACAGUUCCGAAAGAGAGGCGCUCAUGUCGGAACUCAAGAUGAUGACCCACCUGGGAAACCAUGAGAACAUCGUGAACCUGCUGGGGGCGUGCACACUGUCAGGACCAAUUUACUUGAUUUUUGAAUAUUGUUGCUAUGGUGAUCUUCUCAACUAUCUAAGAAGUAAAAGAGAAAAAUUUCACAGGACGUGGACAGAGAUUUUCAAGGAACACAAUUUCAGUUUUUACCCAACUUUCCAAUCACAUCCAAAUUCCAGCAUGCCUGGUUCAAGAGAAGUUCAAACACAUCAGGACUCGGAUCAGAUCUCAGGGCUCCAUAGGAAUUCAUUUCAUUGUGAAGAUGAAAUUGAAUAUGAAAACCAAAAAAGGCUGGAAGAAGAAGAGGACUUGAACGUACUUACAUUUGAAGAUCUUCUUUGCUUUGCUUAUCAAGUUGCCAAAGGAAUGGAAUUUCUAGAAUUUAAGUCGUGUGUCCACAGGGACCUGGCAGCCAGGAAUGUGCUCGUCACCCACGGGAAGGUGGUGAAGAUAUGCGAUUUUGGAUUGGCUCGAGAUAUCAUGAGUGAUUCCAACUAUGUCGUGAGGGGCAACGCCCGUCUGCCUGUGAAAUGGAUGGCUCCAGAAAGCUUAUUUGAAGGGAUCUACACGAUUAAGAGUGAUGUGUGGUCAUACGGAAUAUUGCUCUGGGAAAUCUUCUCACUUGGUGUGAAUCCUUACCCCGGCAUUCCGGUUGACGCUAACUUCUAUAAACUCAUUCAGAGUGGGUUUAAAAUGGAUCAGCCGUUUUAUGCUACGGAAGAAAUAUACUUUAUAAUGCAAUCCUGCUGGGCUUUUGACUCUAGGAAACGGCCAUCCUUCCCUAAUCUGACUUCAUUUUUAGGAUGUCAGCUGGCUGAUGCAGAAGAAGCGAUGUAUCAGAACAUGGACGGCCGGAUUACGGAACGUCCUUGCACCUACCAAAACAGGCGACCUUUUAGCAGAGAGAUGGAUUCAGGGCCACCCACUCCACAGGAUCGGGUUGAAGAUUCUUAG